AUGGCCGGCCAUGGUUCAGGUUCGGGUGUUGUUGAUGAUGCUGCUGCGGAUAUAACGGAUCGGACGCUCAACACCGCGCUGGUCGCCUUCAGCCACGCCGGAAGCUGCCUGAACCCCGAUUGUCGGGUCAUGGAUUGUCACAUCUUGAAGGCGGUCUUCGUCCACUGCAGGAAAUACUGCUACGCUGUUGGCCAUAACAACUGCACCAUCUGCGGCGACUUCAUCCUCAUCUCGGGGCAACACGCGCGCAAUUGCUGGGCACCGCAGUGCAGGGUCGCGUUUUGCCACCGGAUGCGUCAGGAUUUCGUCCAGGAGCGCCAGCAGUAUCUGCACCAGGGUCGCCGCUGUGGA